AUGGCUGAACAAGAAGGAAAUCCAAACCCGUAUGACCCAUACACCUCCCGAUACGACGGAAGUGUAUUUGAUCCAGCCGCAGGCUCCGCUUUCGAAGACGGCGAAGUAGACGGAGCAGCGCAGCUCCAAGGUGCUGACAACAACGCCCCGAAUCUAGCUGCGGGCGCUGGUUCUGACGAUACGCCGGGAGCGGCGCGCCCAGGCCGUCGACGAUCAAUCGGACAAGUAGCUGACCCGGAGGAUGGUGGAGGUAAGAGGCGGCAGAGUGGAGACGGCGAAACAGCAGGUGAGAACAGAUUGAACGACGAUACUGUGAUGGCCACCGGCGGCACUCCACAGCCAGCGGAUUCAAGCCAGCCUGUCGAUGGCAGAGUGCAGGCAUUGCAAGGGCAGGCUGCUCAACAGCCGGAGCAGCCUAGCGACGACCAAUAUGACUUUGUUCGCACGGACGGGUAUGAGGGUCUCCGAGACCAGGGAAUCAAUCCCAACUUUGCUGCCGUCGUGGCCAGCGAAGUUCAACCGGGCGACAUCAUUCUCGUAUACGCCUACGACCGUGUCCUAGGUCAUGAGACGAUUAGGACCGCUCAAAUUGAGGUUAAGGCCAACAUUCAGGAUCACAACGGUACACCGUGCUAUGGUCAGAUCAAGUCCAACGGCACGGUGUUCUACGGUAACGAUAGGCUCGAGAGCUAUAAUGUGCCGCCUAACCAUGGCAUCAUUCAUCACACCCGCCCGGUCAUUGAAAAGAGUCGGCCCAUGGUAAUCGUGAGGAGGACGCAGGGAACGCUGAUAUGUCUCCCCAUGUACACCCACGGAGGGCAAGGUCUGAACGGUAAGAAGGACUUCGAAAUUCCCGAUUAUGUCAAUGUCAUUGACUCACGCACUGAGCCUGGGGCUCAAGCAAACUUGAGGUUGACCAAAAACCUUGGCAUCUACUUCCCUCUGAAGGUGACUGGAACUGCUUACACCCCUCACCCUGAAUCUUGCAUCAAACUAACUCAUCCUUACGCGUUUUCAUACGGAAUAGGGGUGAAAAAGGUAGGAAAGAUGGAGCCCGCAUGCCUCAAACGGCUGAAGAUAUACGCUAUGCUCCGUGCAUUCUCCCUCAACCUUGCCGACAUCGGGCCGCCCACUGACGUGGUCGGCAGGCGCAUAGAGGAAGAUGAAGCGAAGCGAAACCGAGCCCGUGUGAAUCCCAGACUCACAAAAGUCCAGAUCGAGGACCUCUUUAACGAUCGCUUACAAGCGGACGCGGAUCAAUUUGACGUCGACUUUCCCCAAGGCGAAUGGAGAACAAGAUUCGUGCAGAACAACAACAGCGAAGGUGGGCUGCAAGCCAUAGUCACCAGUGCCGCUGAACAGUAUCCGGGCAGACCAGAUCUACAACCACGGAUCGAUCAAUUGCGCCAUGCGGCCACGUCCGUGCAAGGAUUUCGGAUGCCAACAAAUGGCGAUCCAUUGACUGGUACCAACCUCCUUGCGAUUCUCCUCGCCUGGAAGAGAAUCUACACCCAGGCGUUCAGCAAUCAAUUAGAUUAG